AUGAGUGAAAGCGAUUGGAGCGUGCAACCUAGUUUGAGCACAACUCACUCACAGCCUCCAAAACAGCAACUCCAGCUCAAAAGUCUGCAACAUGAUUUGGAUCAAGACAAAGUAAAGCAUCAUCAGCCACAACAUCAGUUUCUCCAUCCAGCCAUGGCCAAUCCCAAUACUUUGCUGCAAUCUCCAGUAUCCCCAAAUCCUGUCUACCCUAAUUCGGGAACAUCUGGAAAUUCGAAUUCGAGUGCUCCACUUUCAGCUGGACCAUCGCCACGAGUUUCUUCAAAAAAUACUGAUUUUCUCCAUCAAGUGGACGCUAGCAACAAUCAGCACCACAUUGAACUUGAAAAACUAUUUUCAGAUACCUUUCAUUCCGCCCAUGUUGGACAGAGCGAUGGCAAUACUACCGACGCGACAUUUACAUCGACAUUACUCACUCCACCAUUAUCGGCUCUUCAGCACGAUACUAUUCCAAAAAGCCUACUAAGUUAUCUUAAUAUUCCUGUUUUUUCAAACACAGAUCACAGCGGAUCAUCAAAGCCUCCCACUUCUGGACUGAUGCUGUCUAAUUCAUAUCAGCAUCCAAUUUUAUCGGCCAUUUCUAUUACAAGUCCAGAUCCAAUGAUGUUUCAAGCAGCUUCCAAUGAUGGCUAUUUUGAUCAGAUCCUUGCUCAUCACACUACAAAAGGGUCAGAUUCAAACCCAAUUUCCUUUGCAUUUAAAGAUCAACAGCCAGUGAUGGAGCUACUAGAUGACCCAAUAUAUAUGCAUAUGAUGCAAAAUGUUAAUCCAACAGAAGUAGGAAUAGGCGCUUUAGGAAUGCAUACAAACACAGACAUUCUCUCACAACUAAAUAAUGACACGUUUCUCCGAGAUUUGGAACACGCUACAAUGCAUGCUCAAGGACAAGACUCUAUGCAUAAUUUGGUGCUUUCUGAUAUGCCUGGUGGACCCAUGUCAGGAAGCUCUGAUACUCAAUUGCAACUCAUGACUAUAGGCCUUCCAAACCAUCAUAUGCCAAAAAGUGCACCUCUUCCCCAGUACUCUGGCGCGCCUUUAGUUUCUCCUAAAAUGAUGUUUCAUACAUCUGGCAUGGAUGUAUUUGCACCCCACUCUUUUAUGCAUCAUGGUACACCGUCCAUGCCAUCCAUUUCUUUACCACUUGGUAAUUUCAACAUGCCAUCUUUAAAUGAUGACCCAUACACACAUGACAUGAAGCAUCAACAGGAUUUAGGCAACAUGCCUAUUGCAUCAUCAAGCCAUCAUCAGAAUACUCAAAACACCGCUUCAAACAGAUCUCCCAAAGUUUCUCAUAAAAAACCCAAGCAACACGAAAUGUUUUUGUUGAAACAGACUUUAAAUAUACCUGACCAAAUCAUUGCAUCUGGAACUAAUGAAACCAAUCAUAUCCAGCCAAAAACACAGAAUCAUUUAACAGUAGAUGAACCACAGCGUGGAAAGUCUGGACCAUUUAUAUGCACGCAUCCUGGAUGCAACAAGAUAUUUCCGUCAAACAUCAAGCUUCGAUCUCAUGCUAAAUCACAUCGACCUAGAACAUUUCGAUGCGAUUCAUGUCACGCUUGCUUUAAUCGUGUUCAUGAUUUAAAACGACAUCAGCAAAGCGUUCAUUCUGUUCACCGACCUUUCCAAUGUUUGCGUUGUUGCAAAACAUUUUCGCGAUUGGACGCGCUAAAAAGACAUACAACACGAACUACAAGCUCUUGCUAUGACGCACCUAUUCAAAUGGAUGGAGAGCAUGCAGCAGUACUUGAAGCUGCCAUCUCUCAGCUGGCAAGUAUUGGAGGUAUGCAAUUUCCAAACGUGGGAAGUAAUGGUGUGAUGAACGCUAUGGAUGCCAUGACUGCAAUCGAUGCCAUGGGUGGUACAGGUGUAUUUGAUUUGUCUACAUCUGGCACGGCUCGAAAUUCAUCUAUAUUAAAUUAG